AGUGUGUCUUGAAGAGUGAGAGGAAAAGGUCACGCUUCUUUCUCAUCCGCCUGUAUCUCCUCCUCGGCUGGUGACUUCAACUGUACGUGUUAUCAAGAAUCCAGGCUGUUCUGGUAGUGUGUGUUCCCUCCCAGCUGCUGUCUGCAUGUCCAUGUGUUUGUAGUAGAAAAGACUUUUGGCACUUCACUAGUAUAUAUUAAGGAGAGAAAUAAUCACCAGUUUCAAAAUGGCUAUGUUAAGGGGAUACCUAUAUGUUGAUUUAAUAGCAGCAAAAGAGCUCCCAGACUGUGAUACGGCAUUCUUCAACAUUGACCCCAAGGACACAUCUGAUGCCUUUGCCCAGGUUAAAGUGGGUAAUUGUGUGCUCUGCAAGACAGCUGUUAUUAACAACGACCUCUCACCAAGGUGGCAAGAAUCGUUCAGGAUCCCAGUAUGUCAUGUUGCAGAUGAAAUUCAGAUCCAGGUACUGGACAAGGACCACUUCGAUGCGGGAAUACUGGGUGAGGUGAGUCUCAGAGGAGGAGACCUAAUGGACGGAGAAACCAUGGAGGGCUGGUACCCCCUCUCAGGGUGUGAUGGAAGCAUUAACAUGAAGAUCAACUAUGUUCCCAAAGAUAUGAUGGAUUUGACAUUUGAAGUCCCUGAUUGUUAUUUCCCUCUGCGCGAAGGAUGCAAAGUCUCCAUUUAUCAGGAUGCGCAUUGUCCACCUUUGCCCCUCUUUGAGAGUGUCCCCACAGCCUCAGGAGAACCAUACAACCCUCCCUGUGCAUGGACUGACCUCUACAAAGCCUUAAACAAUGCACAGAGGCUUAUUUAUAUUACAGGCUGGAGUGUAUACACAGAGACAGUUCUUGUGAGAGGUGAAUGUGAUUGUGAGGACGCGAUUGGAGAAACUGUAGGAGACCUUCUUAAAAGGAAAGCUGAAGAAGGGGUGCGUGUGCUUGUUAUGGUGUGGAACGAGAAAAUGAGUACUGGAGUUACAGCAGGUUUCAUGGGCACUCACGAUGAAGAAACACGUCUUUAUUUUGAAGGAUCCGAUGUAGAAGUGGCUGUGGUGCCAAGGGUACGCUCCCUGGAAGGAAUGGCAUCGUUCUUCCAAGAUCAGUUUGCCCAAACCUGUUACACUCAUCACCAGAAAACUGUAAUUCUGGACAUUCCACCUGAAGAAGGAGAGGACUUACCAAGACUUCAGGCAUUCAUAGGUGGCUUAGAUAUCACAGAUGGGCGCUAUGAUACACCAGAGCAUGAGCUUUUCAAAACAUUAACAACAGUUCAUGUUGGAGACUUUUACAAUGGCUGUGCAACUACCACUAGUGAGGUAGGGCCACGACAGCCAUGGCAUGAUAUUCAUUGCCGUUUGGAUGGACCGAUAGUCUUAGAUGUACUGGCAAACUUCACUGAAAGGUGGCGAAACCAAGUGAAGGACCGUGAGUCCCGUCUCCUUCCAAUUUCAGAUGAGGAAUUUGCUUUGGAUGCCCCAGCAGUGUGCGAGGAAGAUCUUGGCUGGAAUACCCAGCUGUUCAGGUCCAUAACCUCUGACUCUGCACUUUUUGACUUCAAUCGUAUAGCAGCCAUCCCUAAGAGGAAGGGUAAAUAUGUAGAUGACAGUAUACACAGAGCUUACAUCCAUCACAUCAGACGAACUGAUAGUUACUUGUUCAUAGAAAAUCAGUAUUUCCUUGGUUCAGCAUAUGGUUGGGAUGAUGAACAGUCAACAAAGGCUCACCACCUCAUCCCACAGGAGAUUGCCCAGCGAAUUGUUGAGAAGAUCAAUGCAGGGGAAUAUAUUGGGGCAUAUGUUGUCAUUCCUAUGUAUCCUGAAGGUGAUCCAGCCAGUGGGCCUGUACAGGAGAUCCUGCACUGGCAGCAUCGUACUAUGGAGAUGAUGUACAAGUUAAUAGCUCAAGCCAUUGAAGCCAAUGAACUGGACACCCACCCACGAGACUACCUCUCCUUCUUCUGUCUAGGAAAAGGGGAGUGUCCUGAAGAAAUACCAGAGGAUCUUCCUCCACCUGAUCCAGAAUCUCCUGCUUGCUUGCUCAGGGAGAAGGCACGAUUCAUGAUCUAUGUCCAUUCUAAAAUGAUGGUCGUAGAUGAUGACUACAUCAUUAUUGGUUCAGCAAACAUCAACCAGCGCAGUAUGGGUGGGACUCGAGACUCAGAGAUUGCUGUUGGAUGUUUCCAGCCCCUGCAAACAAGAGAGGUGUCUGGGGAAGCUAGAGGUGCUGUUCAUGACUUCCGCAUGGCCCUGUGGGCAGAACACCUGGGAAGUGUGGAAGAUGUCCAUCUCGAUCCUGGAUCCUUGGACUGCAUGCGCACAGUGAAUGAAAUGGCUGAUAGUAAUUGGGAUGCCUAUGUAGCUGACGAGCCUUGUAAAAUAGAAGGACAUUUGAUGCGCUAUCCAGUUGAGGUUGGGCAAGAUGGUUCAGUGACAGCCCUUGAGGGUUCAGAAAAUUUCCCUGAUACUGAAGCUCCUGUACUUGGUGCACCCAACUUCUUGCCCAACAAGCUCACUACUUAAUUUGUUAAUACAGCAUUCAAUAAUGUAUACUGUACAGCACCUCAGAGAAGGGAAAAUGAUUGUAUGCUUUCCAGUGUUAUCACAUAAUUUAUUUUAGUGCAUCACAUGCAAUAUGUGUUCAAAUUUAGCAUUUAUAUAUUAGUGUAACACUUUGCCUGCCAUGAAUUGUUACAAUUCCAGAUGAAAGACAGCUGAAGCCAUUUUUAAGGCAGUUCAGGGAUUUCAGUGAUGUAUUUUGAAUAGACAUAAAAGAUAGAGUGUGCUAUAUUUCCAUUUCAUUCAAACCCAAUAAAAUCAUUUGGAAUUCUUAUGCAGGAGCUGGAUGUAAUGCCGCUCCUUGUUCCAAAUGCUGAGAGGUGAUUUUUACAUGCUGAAUGCAACUGAUCUGUGCAUCAUCUUAGCUUUUGCUAAUGCAUAUCAGUGUCUAUCCAGAAUACAUCCAAUAUUUUACCAAAGAUAUACAGAGCACUGUUUAAAUGUCUUACUCCAACAUUUGUGGCUUGGCCUCACUUCAGCAUAAGUCCAAAAUUAAUAUGGAUGUAAAGUCACCAACUCACAAUGUACAUUAUAUUUGAAACACGCACAAGUGUUCCACAGUGGGGAGCAGAGGGUGAUACAGUAUUACCCAUAAUAGUGGUUUUAUUUCAUAGUUUUUGUAAUGCAGCUGACCAAUUUUAUAUGCCUUUUUUUUCUUAAUGAGAUAUGCCCUUUUAUAAAACAAAGGUAAGACUUCAA